CCUCCACAACCUUGCAGGAGGCACUGACGGCAACAGUAAACAACAGCCAGCGAAGAUUUUUAGCGGAGACUGAACAAGAUAAUCAGGACCUGCAGGGUGAUGGCUGCGAUGGUGGCGUUGGUGGUGGGUGCCAGCGCCGGCUAUGGGGUUCCUCAACCGGACUACGCUCAGCCACAGGUGUGCCCCACCCACUACCAGACCGUCAAGGAGACGAUCCACCACACCCAGACAAGUUACGUCACCACAACACUACAAGUACCCGCCUACAUCACCGAAACGAUUGUGCCGAAGCCUCAGUACAUCACUAAACCCUGCCCGCAUAGGUCUGUUGGUUAUGGGCACAGCCACGAUGGUGGUUACGGCAGAGGUGGUUAUUAUGGCAGUGGUAACAUUGACGUGAGGGAGAGAGCCGACGGUGGUGCCUCAAGCGAGGCGUGGACCUGGUCCCCGUAGGACAGACAGACCACAGGACCACAGUCACGCCCGCCGACAGUCACUCACACACAAGCUGAGGGACGAGAUACGACCGACUAAGCUCGAGCAAGGAACAAACCCGUCCUGGGGCCAGAUUCACAAAGUAUUUACGCAAGCACUUAGGAACCUGUACAUCUUUUCUCAAUUUUUGGCGGCUUUGUUUACAAUUAUUAAUCAGUUAUGAGCUCCGAAGCAC